AUGGCAGCGAAUCGCAAUAUUUCACCGUUUGUAGUAAUAGAUGGACGGCAGAACAUGGAUAUUGACUCUGACAACGACGUCAACAAUGGUGAAGACACGGAAGAUGCAAGCGAAACGGAGUAUAAUCAACCCAGCGUUGACCAGCGUACGGAAAUUCGUGAGCAAAUGUAUCAGGAAAAGCGUGCUAAUCUGUUCGGACAGCUGGAGCUGUGCAAACAGCGCAAGCAUUCGGAAUAUUUAAAGAUUGUGGAACGGCUGCAGAAUGAGCUGAAUGAUCGUUUGCUGCUGAACGAGGUGGAGCGUGAUUACCUGCUAGCCUGUGCGGAACGAGAAUGUAUCCUGGAGAAAGCGGCCGCAGAAAAGGAGUACGAGGAAAAGAAAGCCGAACUGAUCGAGAACUUGAUUGCGGAUCUGGAGGAUCAAAAGAAGACAAUAGAACAGGAGUUCGCUACGAUGGAGCUGACCGGUGAUUCGGUCGACGUGAAGCCAAAAAUUACACGUAAGCUACGCCGUCGUCCGAAUGAACCAUUGCCUGUACCGGAGAAACGGCGGAAACCGCCUACAAAUCAGCUCACGUUUUUACUAGACGACAAGGAGAUUGAGCAUGACUUGAAGCUAAUCUCUCGCAGCAAACCAAUCUCAGCUAGCCGUGCCUCUCAUCAAACAAUAAACGAAGGCGCUAGUGGAAGUAAUGCCAGUAAUUCCACAGCCACCUCUCACAGUCACAAGAUCAAUUCCGUUUCGAAGGCAACCGAACAGAAUGGUACCCCGGCGGAGGCGUACGGAACCGGAACGACUUCCACUGGCCAUAUAACCAGCGGUCAAUCAAGUCAGCAACCGUUGGCGGAAACGCGUAUCGAGGACGGUAAGCUGUGGUAUGAGCGGCGGUGGUUUCAUCGCGGGCAACCGGUGCACGUAGAAGGUCGAGACAUUUCACGCUUUUCUGCCAACAUUUCUGCGAUCGGAAUUGAAGCGAUAUGUGUGAAAAAGACAUCCGACGGACAGAAGGUACGGAUCUGUCUAUCGCAUUUGCGCCGGGGUAAAGUCUCAAUCAAGCGUCGUGCAAAUUAG